AUGGCCAUCAUGAUAGCGUACAACACCCCUACCGUCGGCUGGGGAUGCUGGUCGGGCUCGUACAUGACCUACGGCCUUCUCAGCUCGCUCCCCUGGGGCCUCCACUCUCUGCCGGGAUUCAAGCAUCCCCGCCCGUGGCAGCGGGCGUGCUGCCACCUCCUCAACGCCGUCUCGACUCUGUGGCUGAUCUUCAUCCUUUUCGCCCACAUUAGUGGUAUGUUUAACGACUGUAUAUGCAAGUCGGCUCUGCCCGGCUAUAUGGACUUUGCGAGUUCCGUCUUCUAUCUAGACCACUUUGAUGUCGACAAGUGGUGGAGGAGAGGCGCCAUUGUCGGAGCCUUGCCCAGUGUUGGGAGCUCUCUCGCCUCAGUCCUGCUGCUUAUGAGGCUCAAGCCUCUCUGGCAAGCCUCCGAGCAGCAAAGUCCUCCCGCUUGUGCUCUUGGCACCGACAUGGCCUGGCUCAGGUAG